AUGAAAAUAUGUAGCUGGAAUGCACGUGGGCUUGGGAACCCACGUGGCAUUCGAACCCUCUGUGAUCUAAUUCAGAGGGAAGGGCCCGACGUAGUGUUCUUGCAGGAGACCAGACUCUCCACUCGUGAAGUUGAAUCCUGUAAGUACAAGUUAGGUUUUCAAAAUUGUUUGGCUAUUAGUCCUGCAGAUGUUGAUCUUUUAGUUAUUAACUAUUCUUUUAAUCAUAUUGAUGUUGUGAUAAAAGACCCAAAUUUGAGGAUGGGACACUGGUUUUUAACUGCUAUUUAUGGUUUUCCUGAGACUCACUUACGGCAUCAAACUUGGCGUUUGCUUAGAUUGUUGUGUAGAGUGAAUGAUGACCCUUGGAUGGUGAUGGGGGAUUUUAAUGAGUUAAUGUAUUCUCAUGAGAAAUGUGGGGGUAGACCUAGGCCUGACAAUCAGCUUUACACUUUCAGAGAGGUUGUCGAAGACUGUAAUUUGAGCGAUUUGGGUUUCUCAGGUCCAAAGUUUACGUGGUCAAAUAGGAGACAUGGAGAUCAAUGUAUUAGUGAAAGGAUUGAUCGAUUCUUGGUCAAUUCUGUUUGGUUGGAUAGUUUUCCAAACGCUAGAGUAGCUCAUGGGGUGGUAGCCUAUUUGGACCAUUUACCUAUUUGGGUGAAUUUGGAGGGGGCCACUUUUCCCCGUUAUGUUAAAAAGUCUUUCAAAUUUGAGGCCAUGUGGGUUGGUGAGAAAGCUUGUGAAGAUAUUAUCAAAGGCGUUUGCGAAAGGGGUGUUGGUCCAACUACUAUGGAUGUUGUUUCUGGUUUGAUUAAUGAAUGUGGAGCUCAACUACAGGGGUGGAAUAAACAAUGUUUUGGAAAUGUUCAAACUUAA